AAUUAGAAAAAAUAAUGUUUAUAUUGCCUCUGAUUCUGUUUCUGGUACCUGCCCUAUGUCUAGUUCCUCCUCAACGUGAUUUUCCACAUAGUGGUAGAAACUUAGGAAGGAGAUUCAAUAAUCUAACAUUCAUUGAAGGACGGGUUUUUGAGGUUUCUCUUCCUAAUGGUAAAUCUGCAGGAUGUCAGGGGAUUGAAAGUUAUCCAUCAGACUGGCCAAACUCAUAUUAUUAUAAACUCCGGAACCAAAUUAAACCUUCUUUGAACAAUGUUUGUCCUGAGAGAAUGUGUUACUCUGGUCUAGGAUUCCCUGUAAUAACUGAUAGUUUAGCAAAUGACGCAUCACUUGAGCGAACUGCUUGGACCUUAGAUAACAUAAUGUCCACCGUUGAUCCAUAUGUGACAAAUAUAAUGAUACAAGCAUUCUUUAGACAGGCUGUAAUGGGAAGAUUUCCAUCUGAAGUUGUAACCUCGCUUCCUGAGUACUCACAUCUAGAUCCAAACUUUUGGUACAAUAGAAGAGGGUGUGGGGCUACGGAUGGUAUUCCUGUUGGUUCAAAUGCUGAAGAAGAUGUACUUUGUUACUCAGAUGAUUUGUACUUUGAUCAGGACAUCACUGUUCAUGAGUUUGCGCAUUCUCUACACCUUCUUGGAUUUAAGCAUACUUGGCCUGAAUUCCAACAGGAACUAGAUGUAGCGUAUGCUAAUGCCUAUGCUAAUAGUUUAUGGGGCUGGGGGUAUAUUGGAAGCUAUGCUAUGACUAACGAUGAAGAAUACUUUGCUGAAGGACUACAGGCAUAUUUCGAUGUUGGAUAUCCCUAUGAUGAACAAGGUGCUCCCUGGAACCGUGCUCUACUCUACCAGAAGGAUCCUACUCUCGCUAAAAUUAUUGAUCGUUUUAUGAAGCAAAAUCCAUGGAGAGGAAGCUGUCCCUGAUCAAUGUAAAAUACUAAAUAUUAAA